CUCGGGUUCUGCUCCAAGCCCUCGCGAGCCUCCCAAGGCUGUGUGUUCCGGCCCCGCGAGCCUCACCGGAGGAGUGCGGUUUCCCAAGCGCCGCGGCCUCCGCCCGGGCCCCUCUUCGCAGCCGCGUUGGGUCGGGAUCCCAGCCAAGCCGCUCAAGACGCAGUGGGCCCAUCUCUGGCGGAGCCAGGGCCGCGGGACGCCUGGAGGUGAUGCGAGAGAAGAGGGAUCCAGAUUGAAAACCCAGAAAAGGGAGUUUCCGGAACUUCUCUCGGGGACGUCUGCAAAUGCCGACGAUCUCCUAAGCUGUGAGAGCAACUUUGGGUGCACCGGGACAGGCGAGGACCGCCCUCGUGGCCCGGCUGCUGCCUGCGGGCCCGGGGCCUCCCUUGUCAACGACCGCGCCCUACACACAGGAAGCGUUGGACCCCGGCUGCGGGAUUCUAGGACUCUAUCGUACUUGUGUUUUUUUCUUUUUCACAAACAAGCACGCGCUAGACCACGAGCCAGAAGACAGCCGGCUCGCCACCCCGGGUACGUGCCGGACGUGCAGGGAGCGGCGCCCGCCACCGCGGCUACUUACCGGGCGCGAGCGCGCGGGCGGGGGCGCGAGGCAGGCAGGCGGACGCCGGGACCAGAUGGCCCUCAGCCGAGGCGAGUGCGGCCCAGCGCCCGCAAGGAGGCGCCAGGCACGGCGGUCCAUCCGUCUCUGAUGCACCGGAUGCCAGCGACCUGCAGCUAGUUUGAUUUAACAGUGGGGUGUACUUGGUGAGAGUGAAUCUGAAUCAUUAAAGAGAAAAAAUUUGAAAGGUUAGGAGUGGGAGAGUGGAGGUCGGAGAAAAUAUGAGAAGACGGUGGAAGGGGGACAGAAAAGAGACAAAAGAAGCUGCAAAAAACCAAAACAAAACAAAACAAAACAAAAACCAGAGGAAGUUAUCUCGGAGGUUAGAGGAAACGGUUACUGUCCUAAAACUGCUGGGAAGAAUGUUGCCGACAUCUCACGCUACACGUCUUCUUUUGCUGAUACUGCAGCUUAUAAAACUCGACAAGACUCUGGGCAAUGCUCAUUCUCUCUGCCUCGACCUCACCAUCAAAUCACAGUCCAGACCUGGACAGCCCUGGUGUGAGGUUCAGGGCUCGGUGGAUACAAAGCCUUUCCUCCACUAUGACACUGACAGCAACGAGGUCAAACCUUUGGGUCUCCUGGGGAAGGAAGUAACUGCCACCAAAGCAUGGACAGAAUUGAGCCAGACACUGGCAGAGGUGGGGCAAGAGCUCAGAAUGAUGCUGCCUGUCUUGAAACCACACAAAAACAAGACCAGGGGUCCUCCCACCCUGCAGGCCGAGCUGUGUUGUCGGCGUGAAGCAGAGCGAUGCACUGGUGCGUCCUGGCAGUUCAGCAUCGACGGACACACAGCCCUCCUGCUUGACGCCAUGAACAUGAAGUGGACAGUCAUUAGUCCUGGAGACACAGGGAUCGAGGAGUGGGAGAACGACCAGGGACUGGCAGAGUAUUUCAGGAAGACCUCCGUGGGAGACUGUAAUCACUGGUUUCAGGAAUUCCUAGAACACUGGGAGGAAAGGCUGGAGCCGGAGCCCACAGCACCAACAUUACUGUCCUCAGAUAAUGAGCAGUCUACAGACCUCCAGUUAAUGGCAUGGGUCAUCCCAUCCAUCUUCGUCAGUUUAGUCCUAAUUGGCAUCACCAUCAGAAACUACAGGAGGUCACGUACCACCCAAGAUGGUUCCAGGACUGAAGAGCAUGUCUCGACUUUUCACAACCCCUCAGACUCUGAGAGAAGCAGGAAUCAUGUGCACAGAGGGGUGCAGAGCCAGGACCCCCUGACCUGAAGGGAGAAGCAGCACCUGGGACCAGCUGCCUGGGGCCCAGGCCCUCCUUCAGGCCCAGCUGCCCUUCCUGCCCUGCCUGUGACACGUCUCACAGGCCCACCCACUGUGACCCCUUUUCCCCAGGCCAGUCUGAAGUGAGUGUCUCCUGUUCGCAAUCCACAGAGAUUUUACCAGGACAAAUCUAGAUCACUCAGCUGCAAGGCGUACAAGCCCAUGCAACGGAUCCAAGGAGGAGGCCCGGGAGGCGCCCAGGGGAGCCGCGGGGACUAGGAAGUAGUCAGGCAGCUCCUGCCUUCACUCUCUCCCUCUCUCAGGGCUGCGUGUACCCCGAGCUCUUCCUGCCCCUCCCGCCACUCCCUGUGUCCCCUCUGCUGAGCGGCUCUUCUGCCCCAUCGUCCCUCACAGGAUCCCACCUGGUUGCCCAACCUGGUGGCCCCACCUGGUUCCCAGCUUCACUUCCCUCACUGGUUCCACUGUCCCUCGAAUCUAAGUUCUGUGUUCCUGGGAGACAGUGUCUGAUCGCUGGGCUCGGGCCAGGGGUUCCUCAUGGGUCCAUCAGCAGUGGACGGGCCUGGGUCACCUGGGAGCUGGGGCUGCCCCUCCAGGGAUGUGGGCAGAGCAGACGCCAUGAAAAGGGUGAGGAUGGGAAGGAAUCUUAGUGCAAUGACGGCUGGGCUGGCGGGUGUGGGAGAUUCCGGCUUCAGCUGGUUAUGCGUCUUCUAAUUGUGCAGAAGCUUCUUCAUUUCUGUGGGGCCUGGGUUUUUUACCUGUAAAAUUAAAAGGAGGAAUGUGAUAUAAUAAUAAUAUUUAUUGGCAUUUAUUGAGCAUCUUUCAUGAGUCAGAUGCCUUUCUAAGCACUUCACGUGCGCUAGUUUAACUUUUUAAAAUGCCUAUAAAGCACUUAAGUCAGUCACUAGGAUGACAAUCUGAUUCCAACAUACAAUAAUCUACCAACAAAGUGCAAAUCUCAGUUUGCUGGACCUUUUCCCUUAAUAAUCUCAAUUCCAUCUAUUGGAGAUCAUUAAAAUAUAGACACAUCUCCAUCUAUUCAGAUCACAGUCCUGAAUUUAUAUCCUCACAUAAAAAUUCUUCUGUCCAUUCAUAAGGUUGUGACAUUUAAGCUUUCAAAUCAAAGAUAUUUUAUUUCUAAAAAACUGAAAGGAGAAAGAAUUAGAAUUUGGAGAUAAUUUAUUUCCUUUAUCACAAAUCACUGUAAAAUAUUCAAGUGAUAUAAAAUCUUAUGAAGUCAAAAUGUGAACAUUCCCUUUCAGUGCCCCCAUCUGAUACCCUAGAAAUAACCACUCUUAACCGUAAACAAAACAUUGUCUUUUCCACUUUUUCAAAAGAUUGUGAAGUUAGCGAGGUGGGGAAACUUUGGCUGUGCUGGAAGGGCUUGGACAUGUUGUCCCUGAGAAAUGCAGUCCUGUCCCCGUCUUUCUUGUCCUCCCACCAUGGAAGAAAUGAGCUGGGUCUCAUUCUGUACUGAGGCUCCAUCGUUGUCCCUAAGAUAGGAGUGAGGUCACGUGUCCAUCUAACGCCUUUGCAAAGGCUACAUGAAAUCAUGUCAUGAAAGAGUCUGCAAACUGGGAGAUCAUAUACAAUUGUUAGUUAACAUUAUAUUAUCAUAUCUGUUUAUUUUUAAUACUUAAUAAUUAUUAUAAUAACUAGUUUUAGAAGUUUUGCUGGGUCUGAAUACCUUCAAGGAGAAUUUCACCACACGUGAAAAUUUUUCCUCAUAACGAGCUUUCUCAGGCUCUGAGGUGUAAGGCAAAAAGGAAACCUUACGUUGCUUCCUGGGCAUCUCAAAGUGGCUGCAGUCGUGUGGGGUAAACGUCUUACAGUGGAAGAACCUGGAGCCCAAAGUGCUGGCCUCCAGACACAACCUUCAGGGCUAAGAGGCCUUUUUUUCUUUUUCCAGCCUCAAAGUCACUCAGAAACUUACUGUAUGUUUCGUGAAUGACAAAAAUAUUGUGUUAGUUUUUUUCCUUUUCUCUUUCUAUUUUUACCUUCUAAUUCUGCCUCCUACUCUGUUCUGGACCUGAAAGCUGUGGGUUCCCAAAUGUCAGCUCUGAAAAUAAAAAUUAUAGCAAAGA